CGCCAUCUUCCUCCCGAGGCGGCUGCUCCCGGUGCAAAAGCGGGGUCAGCGGCCCAGCCGGGCAGCCCACGCCUCGGCCGGAGCGGCGGGAGGCGUGGAUGAGGGGGGAGGUGAGGAAGGGCCGUGCCUCCGGUGUCGCCUCCCCCCGCCGUCCGCGGGCAGGGCUGGGCGGGCCGAGGUUCGAGGCUGCGCUCGGGGUCGCCUCCCGGUCGCCGCUGCGUCCUCCGGUGCCCAGGCUGGCAGGGCGGGCGCCCGCGAUCCGCCCCGAGACCUCCCCGCGGCCUCCGCGCUGCCCGGGCUGCAAGUAGGGUCGCGGGCUCCUCCCAGAUGGGAUAGGCGGCAAAGAUGUUCAGUUUCGAAGGGGAUUUCAAAACGAGGCCCAAGGUGUCCCUCGGCGGCGCGAGUCGGAAGGAAGAAAAGGCUUCUCUUUUACAUCGUACUCAGGAAGAAAGAAGAAAGAGAGAGGAAGAAAGGCGAAGAUUGAAAAAUGCAAUAAUCAUCCAAUCAUUUAUUCGAGGCUAUAGAGACAGAAAACAGCAAUAUUCCAUCCAAAGAAGUGCAUUUGAUCGCUGUGCUAACUUGUCACAGUCUGGUGGCACAUUUCCCAUUGCUAAUGGUCCCAACCUUACCCUUUUGGUGAGGCAGCUUCUGUUUUUUUACAAACAAAAUGAGGACUCAAAACGUUUGAUAUGGCUGUAUCAGAACUUAAUUAAACACAGCUCUCUGUUUGUUAAGCAGUUGGAUGGAUCUGAGAGACUUACAUGUUUAUUUCAAAUAAAAAGGUUGAUGAGCCUCUGUUGCAGGUUACUACAAAACUGUAAUGAUGACAGUUUGAAUGUUGCACUUCCAAUGAGAAUGCUUGAAGUGUUUUCAUCUGAGAAUACUUACUUGCCUAUUUUACAAGAUGCUAGCUAUGUAGUGUCAGUAAUUGAACAAAUAUUGCACUACAUGAUUCAAAAUGGAUAUUAUAGAUCUCUCUAUUUGUUGAUUAACAGUAAGCUUCCAUCAAGUAUUGAAUAUUCUGAUUUAUCUCGAGUUCCUAUAGCAAAAACUUUGCUGGAGAAUGUUCUAAAACCAUUGCACUUUACUUACAGCUCCUGUCCAGAAGGUGCCAGGCAGCAGGUGUUUUCAGCCUUCACAGAGGAGUUUCUGGCAGCACCUUUUACAGAUCAGGUUUUUCAUUUUGUCAUUCCGGCGUUAGCAGAUGUCCAGACCACUUUCCCUUAUGAGCCUUUUCUGGAUGCACUGUUGUUACUAGAGAGGAGGUAUUCAAGACAGAGUGGUGGAGCACCGUGGCUUUUUUACUUUGUUUUAACUGUUGGUGAAAGUUAUUUGGGGGCGCUCUCUGAGGAAGGCCUGCUGGUGUAUUUGCGCGUGCUCCAAACCUUCCUUUCUCAGUUGCCAGUCUCGCCCGCCAGCGCGAGCUGCCACGACUCCGCCAGUGACUCUGAAGACGAGAGUGAAGAAGCGGACAAGCCCAAAAGCCCGGAGGAUGGUCGACUGUCGGUCCCGUACAUAACAGAGGAAUGUCUGAAGAAGUUGGAUACGAAACAGCAGACCAACACCCUGUUAAACUUAGUGUGGAGGGAUUCAGCUAGUGAGGAAGUCUUCACCAGGAUGGCGUCCAUCUGCCACACGCUGAUGGUGCAGCAUCGCAUGAUGGUGCCGAAAGUCAGGCUUCUCUACAGUUUAGCCUUUAAUGCCAGGUUUCUGAGACAUCUUUGGUUUCUAAUAUCUUCCAUGACAACAAGGAUGAUCACAGGGUCUAUGGUACCAUUGCUUCAGGUGAUAUCAAGGGGUUCUCCCAUGUCUUUUGAAGAUUCUAGUCGAAUCAUCCCACUCUUUUACCUUUUUAGCUCCUUGUUUAGUCAUUCACUAAUUUCCAUACAUGAUAAUGAAUUCUUCGGUGAUCCCAUAGAAGUUGUAGGUCAAAGACAAUCAUCCAUGAUGCCUUUCACUUUAGAAGAGCUAAUUAUGUUGUCUCGCUGCCUUCGGGAUGCGUGCUUAGGGAUCAUCAAGCUGGCGUAUCCAGAAACAAAACCUGAAGUGCGGGAGGAGUAUAUCGCAGCAUUUCAAAGUAUUGGAGUUACUACCAGUUCUGAAAUGCAACAGUGUAUACAGAUGGAGCAAAAACGAUGGAUUCAGUUAUUUAAGGUGAUCACCAAUCUAGUGAAAAUGUUGAAGUCCAGAGACACAAGAAGAAAUUUUUGUCCUCCAAACCACUGGCUGUCAGAGCAAGAAGAUAUUAAAGCAGAUAAGGUCACCCAGCUCUAUGUGCCAGCAUCCAGGCACGUGUGGAGGUUCCGGCGAAUGGGGAGGAUAGGCCCGCUGCAGUCCACCCUAGAGGUGGGUUUGGAGUCCCCACCACUGUCUGUGUCUGAGGAAAGACAGCUCGCCAUCCUGACGGAGCUGCCAUUUGUGGUUCCAUUUGAGGAGCGCGUGAAGAUCUUUCAAAGGUUGAUUUAUGCAGAUAAGCAAGAAGUUCAAGGAGAUGGCCCAUUUCUGGAUGGAAUUAAUGUCACAAUAAGAAGAAAUUAUAUUUAUGAAGAUGCUUAUGACAAGCUUUCCCCAGAAAAUGAGCCUGAUUUGAAAAAGCGGAUCCGUGUGCAUUUGCUCAAUGCCCAUGGCCUGGAUGAAGCUGGCAUUGAUGGUGGUGGUAUUUUCAGAGAGUUUUUAAAUGAACUACUGAAAUCAGGAUUUAACCCUAACCAGGGGUUCUUUAAGACUACUAAUGAGGGCCUUCUGUACCCCAACCCGGCUGCCCAGAUGCUUGUGGGAGAUUCGUUUGCCAGACAUUACUACUUCCUAGGCCGAAUGCUUGGAAAGGCUCUCUAUGAAAACAUGCUGGUAGAGCUGCCCUUUGCUGGCUUCUUCCUCUCCAAGCUGCUUGGAACAAGUGCCGAUGUGGAUAUCCAUCACCUGGCCUCCCUGGACCCGGAGGUGUACAAGAAUCUGCUGUUUCUCAAGAGCUAUGAGGGUGACGUGGAGGAGCUGGGGCUGAACUUCACCGUGGUGAAUAACGACCUGGGAGAGGCGCAGGUGGUGGAACUGAAGUUUGGUGGGAAGGACAUCCCCGUCACCAGUGCCAACCGCAUCGCCUACAUCCACCUCGUGGCUGACUACCGGCUGAACAAGCAGAUCCGGCCCCACUGCCUGGCCUUCCGGCAGGGCCUGGCCAACGUUGUCAGCCUGGAGUGGCUCCGCAUGUUUGAUCAGCAGGAAAUUCAGGUGUUAAUAUCUGGCGCACAAGUUCCUAUAAGUCUAGAGGACCUGAAAUCCUUCACAAAUUAUUCAGGAGGCUAUUCUGCAGAUCAUCCUGUCAUUAAGCUCUUUUGGAGAGUUGUAGAAGGCUUCACUGAUGAAGAAAAGCGCAAGUUGCUCAAGUUUGUAACAAGCUGCUCGCGACCCCCGCUCUUGGGAUUUAAGGAGCUGUACCCCGCCUUCUGCAUUCACAACGGAGGCUCUGACCUGGAGCGGCUGCCCACGGCCAGCACCUGCAUGAACCUGCUGAAGCUGCCUGAGUUCUAUGAUGAGACACUUCUGCGGAGUAAGCUCCUCUAUGCCAUUGAAUGUGCUGCCGGCUUCGAGCUGAGCUGAGCUGCAGCCGAUCCGACCUCCGCGGAGAAGCCACGCCUCCCCGGACCCGGACCCGGGAGGCCGCUCCGGCUGGCGGCCCAGGCUCUCCACGCUUCUUCCUCCCUCCCGGCAUUCUCCCCUCCCUCCAUUUUCCAAAUGAUUUUUAUGUCAGUGUGGUCACUUACUUAGGUGGACGUUGCUUUUCAAAUACAACUAACAAAUAUUAUGUGCCAUGUGGCUAAUUUAGCAGUUUUGCCAAGAAGAGCACAGUGUGUAGAGUAGUGGCAACUCAGUGGAAUUAACCAAAGAUGAAGCUGUGGCUUUGCUGAUCCGGUGAGAGCCCGUCCUGAACCGCAGCCCACUGCUUGCGGGGUCGGCCCGGGCUCUGCACUCUGCAGGGAGACAGGGUCUGAGAGGCCGCAGCCUCACUUCCAGGGGCCACUGCUUCUCACGUGGUUGUUUACAAGCCUACUUGGUAACAUUGAAGGCAUUUUUUUCCCUGCUGCCUUUUCCCACAGUGGUUAGGAUUGGAAAAUUGAUGACAGUGAUAAUCUCUCCUGUGCUUUUUAAGCCAUCUCCCCCACCCGGGACUAGCAUGCUUGUCUUCAUCAUGAUGGUGUGGCUGUUGCCGUGUGUGGACGUGAGCGGGGGGCUCCAUUCGUUGCUCUAUCUCUGCCUCUGCUUUGUGCCUGGAGAGCUUUCGAGGGUCUGCAGCUGCCGCGGUGUACGUGUUACCUACAAUAAAGGACGACCUGGGGGAGGAGACACUGUAGCAUCUAUUAAAGCCGUUUGAACCAAAGUCGCGGGCUGCGUGUUUGUCCCUGACGCCUGCCGUGGCCAGGUCUUUCUGUGACCCACACGCCCUGCCCCUCCCUGGGUGGCACCAGCCAGGCUUCCUGGUUAUCUGGGGGUGAGUCUCCCUCGUGGUGCUGCUUUGACGCGAGGACGGGACAGCCCCGACACACAUCCAGGGAGGAGGAGCGGCCGUUCUAAUCAGGCACUUUAUCGGGACCUGCCUUGUUGCUGGGUGACUUGAGUCUGCAGACAGAAGGCGAUUCCGAGUGCCCGUGGUGGAAGCAGAGUGACCCUUUGCUGACGCGGAAUCCGCGCUCAUGUCGUCUGUGUCUGGUGUUCCACUGUCACCGGAGGCUCCGCGGGCUGUCGUAGUUAAUCAACCAGAAUUAGCAAUAUACUUUUAAAUGUGGGGAAAGGAUUGACACUUUUAAGACAAUGACCAUUAUCAAAACAAAAUGUAUAAUUUCUUAAUUUGAAUAAUAAAUUAAGUGUUUAAAUGCUAUUUGUAGUCUUGAUAUACAGAAAUAAAAGAAUUAGGGUUUGUCCUUGGUUUUAUUUUAUUUGAGGUCAUUUAUGUUGAAUGUUCUAUUUCUUCUUAUUAGUUAAUUUGUAUAUUUUUAUUAUCAGUAUUUUGGAAAUGGACUAUCUGAGACUAAAGAGAAAUUGGCAAUUAUACUUAUUUGUGGAUUUUCCUCAGCUAGUCUGAGCUUAUUUAUUUAUUUGUAUGUUCUAAUGGCUAAAUAUUGGCAUUAAAUCUUUUUUCCCAAGCUUG